CUAUCUUCCCACUGAAAUAAUCAGAAAAUUUGGAUUUACUGCUAGCUUAAGCUGAAAUUCAAGUAACAUGGAGUCCAACCGCAAGCGCAAAGGGUUCGUGAAGGGCAAGUUGAUGCGUUUCUAUCGAUCAUCUUCGAAGCCUUCCUCGAAUGUACAGUACAGCAGCAAGGUUAAGCCAAGCCAGACUUCCCCAGCAAUUGCUUCAGUGGGUUACGUUGUCCACCAUGACUAUACGAUUGCCCCGCAAAAGCAGGUGGUCUCAUUUAUAGUGCCGGCAUCAGACAACCGCCAAGACAAGUUAAGCCAAUUUGACGAGUUCUUUGGGGUUGGUGGUGAUGUAAGAAUAGAUACCAUGGCUACUAGCUACAUCUCUUCCGUUCAAGAACGUUUCAAGCUUGAAUGAAUCAGCUCGGAAGACAAGCAGUACGAAGGGGUCAUCAUGUAUGCAUUGUUUAUCUUGCCGGGAGAAUAUUAGCAUAUUAGUCAUGAAUUAAUAAAAUCUUGAUCGAUCUUAUAAUUUCAUAUGUGAAGAUCAGAGGUGUACGUGUUGCC